AGUAUCUCAAAGCCGGUUCAGGUUCAGUGUUGCGGCGUUAGUCCAGCCUCCUCACGGUGCACAACUCUCAGGGAACGGAGUGGCUUGCGCUUUUUUCAUGAAAGCCCUUUGCCACCAGUGCGAGAGCUGGGCUAAAGGGGAAUCGAAUCUGAAGGGCCCAGUCUGGCUGUAAGAAGCAUCCUUGUACUUUCCCACAUGGCGCUGUAGUAUAAGCACAUUUUUGUGGACUGUCGACGGGAUCAAAUUGUAAAGAAAGUCGCCCGUUUUCCGUAUAGCUGGGGGCGCUCACCAUGGAGAUGCAAAGAUGGACCACCAGGUGGAAAACGAAAAGGUGGCUAUGGGAUUCAACGCUAAUCGUUACGGUCACAGUUAUUUUAAUUCUCCAGGCUGCCAAUGUUAGAGCAGCUGAACCCGUGGAUGUACUGAAGGUGCUGGACUUUCAGAGCUCUCCUGAAGGAAUAAGGAAAACAGCAGGCUUCUGCACAGUGCGGAGAGGAUCCAAACCCGACGCAGCUUAUCGAGUGGGAAAAAGGGCUCAGCUCAGUGCUCCGACUAAGCAGCUUUUCCCAGGGGGGGUAUUCCCAGAGGAUUUCUCUAUAGUGUUUACCAUCAAGCCCAAGGCUGGCCUCCAGUCCUUCCUGCUUUCUGUGUACAACCAGCAAGGCGUGCAGCAGCUUGGAGUAGAGGUGGGCCGUUCCCCUAUCUUCCAAUAUGAGGACCAGCAUGGCAAGCCUGUCCCAGACGAGUACCCUUUGUUCCGUUCCGUCAAACUUUCUGAUGGCAAAUGGCAUCGCGUAGCUAUCAGUGUGGAGAAGAAGAGCGUUACCAUCAUUGUGGACUGUAAGAAAAAGGUGACAAGACCACUCGCCAGAAGUGACCAUGCCAUUAUCAGCACAGAGGGCAUCACAGUCUUUGGCACCCGAAUCCUAGAUGAAGAGGUCUUUGAGGGUGACAUCCAGCAGCUGCUGAUAGUGGCAGACCCCAGGGCAGCCUAUGACUACUGUGAACACUACAGCCCCGACUGUGAAACCCCCAACCAUCAAGACACCCCACAGGCUCAGGAACCUGAGUACGAGUACACUAACUAUGAUGUCUAUGACUACAGUGAGGGAGAGAUAACCACUGACCCUUCCCCUACUGAAGCAGCCAAAACUCAGACAAAUGUGGGUGGAGACUAUUAUACAGGUGAGUAUGACUACACCGUAGUGGAUGGAAGUCAACCUGAAAAUCCCACUGAUACUGCAGGACAAGGCGAGGCGUACGUAGAGGAAAUAGUGGAUGAUUACAUCACUGGUGUGGAACAGGUCGGGGUGGAUCCCACUACUGGUGUGGAAACUGCUGCCCCAGUGGACACCCAGGAGAAGGUGGAUCCAGGGACCGACGUGUAUGAGUUUAAGGAAUACGACCUGAAUGCAUAUGGCGACAAAGAGUUUACAGAGAAGCAAUAUAAUUAUGAAAGCUAUGAUGAAUUCGACUACAACGCCAAGCCUACAUCUGUACCACUUGAGGAACACGUUGGCCCUGGUGCUCCAGCUGAAACAGAUAUCAAAGAGAGCAGUGUGCAUGGAGGUCAAAGGUACCUGGGAGAAAAAGGAGAGAAGGGCGAACCUGCUGUCAUAGAGCCCGGGAUGCUUGUAGAAGGACCCCCAGGAGCCCCUGGCCCAGCAGGUGUUACUGGUAACCCAGGAUUGCAAGGUUCCCCAGGUCCACCAGGAGACCCUGGUCAGAGGGGCUCUCCUGGGCGUCCUGGUAUUCCUGGUUCAGAUGGUGUUCCUGGGCCUCCAGGGACAAUUCUGAUGCUUCCAUUCCGCGCAGGUGGUGAAGCACACAAAGGACCUGUGAUUACAGCCCAGGAAGCUCAGGCUCAAGCCAUUCUGUCUCAGGCUAGGCUGACAAUGAGAGGUCCUCCAGGGCCAGUGGGCAUGGCAGGAAGAUCUGGGCCUGUGGGUGGACCUGGUGCUCCUGGACUUAAAGGUGACAGUGGUGAUACUGGGCCACAGGGACCCAGAGGUCUACAAGGUUCAACUGGUCCACCAGGAAAAUCAGGAAAAAGGGGUCGAAAUGGAGCUGACGGUGCACGAGGAAUGCCAGGAGAAGCGGGAGGCAAGGGCGAUCGAGGUUUUAAUGGUCUCCCUGGUCUUCCCGGAGAGAAGGGACAUAGAGGAGAACAGGGCUCGACAGGUCCUCCAGGACCCCCAGGAGAAGAUGGCCCAAGAGGUGAAGAUGGCCAGGUUGGACAGAGAGGUGUGGCUGGAGAGAUGGGUCCUAGAGGUUUGCUUGGCCCCAGAGGGUCUUCUGGCCCCGCAGGACAGCGUGGUCUUCCUGGUCUUGAUGGGCAACCUGGUCCUAAAGGAAAUAUGGGUCCACAAGGAGAGGGAGGGCCUCCUGGGCAACAGGGUAUGCCUGGUCCAAAUGGUCUUAUUGGUCCUCAAGGUCCAAUCGGGCCUCCUGGUGAAAAAGGACCUCAAGGGAAGCAAGGUCUGCAUGGCCUAGCUGGUGCCGAUGGCCCCCCUGGUCACCCAGGCAAAGAGGGUCCUCCAGGCGAGAAAGGAGCAGCUGGUCAUCCAGGUCCUAUGGGAUCUAUCGGCUACCCUGGGCCUCGCGGUGUGAAAGGCGCUGAGGGAAUUAGAGGCCUUAAAGGUGACAAAGGAGAAAAGGGAGAAGAUGGAUUUCCAGGAUUUAAAGGUGACAUGGGACUCAAAGGUGACAAGGGUGAAAAUGGCGUACUAGGGCUCAGAGGAGAGGAUGGCCCUGAGGGUCCUAAGGGAAAGUCAGGACCCACUGGGGAGUCUGGCCCUAUGGGGUCAGCUGGAGAGAAGGGAAAACUUGGAGUUCCUGGAUUGCCUGGUUACCCUGGAAGACAAGGGCCAAAGGGCUCCAAUGGCUUUCCAGGAUUCCCUGGGGCAAACGGCGAGAAAGGAACAAGGGGAAUUGCUGGCAAAUCUGGCCCUAGAGGGCAACGUGGCCCAACGGGUCCACGCGGUGGCCGUGGUGCUAGAGGACCAACAGGAAAGCCGGGUGCUAAGCAAUCAGGCAAUGAUGGACCUCCCGGCCUGCCAGGGGAGCGGGGACCUCAAGGACCACAGGGACCUGUCGGUUUCCCUGGACCCAAAGGACCUAAUGGCCCACCAGGGAAAGACGGGCUACCCGGUCAUCCUGGACAGCGGGGAGAAACGGGCUUCCAAGGGAAGACUGGACCUCCGGGGCCUGGAGGAGUGGUUGGACCACAGGGACCAACUGGAGAGACAGGACCUAGUGGAGAGCGAGGACACCCUGGCUCUCCUGGUCCACCUGGUGAACAAGGUCUACCUGGAGCUGCUGGAAAAGAGGGUGGAAAGGGUGAUCCAGGUCUUCAGGGUCCUAGCGGCAAGCCAGGUCCUGCUGGCCUGAGAGGUUUCCAAGGUGCAAGAGGUCUUCCAGGGGCCAUGGGUCCAGGUGGCUUAAAGGGAGGAGAAGGGCCUCAGGGUCCCCCUGGCCCCAUCGGUUCUCCUGGAGAGAGAGGUCCUGCUGGCUCCGGAGGUCCCAUUGGUCCCACAGGACGCAAUGGUCCUCAAGGACCACCUGGCCCUGCUGGAGAAAAAGGGGGUCCUGGAGAGAAAGGUCCCAUGGGUCCUGCUGGCCGUGAUGGCAUUCAAGGUCCUAUUGGUCUUCCUGGUCCAGCUGGUCCACAGGGUCCCCCUGGUGAAGAUGGUGACAAGGGAGAAGUUGGUGGACCUGGACAGAAGGGAAGUAAAGGAGACAAGGGUGAACUUGGUCCACCAGGCCCAACUGGUCUCCAGGGUGUAGUUGGAGCUCCUGGUCCAGCUGGCAGUGAUGGUGAAGCUGGACCGAGAGGACAGCAGGGUAUGUUUGGCCAGAAAGGAGAUGAAGGACCAAGAGGAUUCCCAGGUUUACCCGGACCCAUUGGACUGCAGGGAGAAACCGGCGAGGCUGGCAACCCAGGACCACCUGGGGAGCCUGGUAUCGGAGGCCCGAAAGGAGAGACGGGUGAGAAGGGAGAAACUGGGCCCCCAGGAGCUGCUGGACCCGCCGGUGCACGUGGACCCCCUGGAGAUGAUGGUCCCAAGGGUAACCCUGGUCCUGUCGGCUUCCCAGGAGACCCUGGCCCCCCCGGUGAGCCUGGUGCUGCUGGUCUGGAUGGUUUACCUGGAGACAGAGGAGAUGAUGGAGAGGCUGGGCAGCCAGGCCCUCCAGGUCCAUCUGGUGAAGCUGGAGUACCAGGACCUCCUGGCAAAAGGGGACCCGCUGGACCAGCAGGUCAGGCAGGCAGACAAGGAGAAAAGGGAUCUAAGGGAGAAGCUGGAGCAGAAGGACCUGUUGGGAAAACUGGACCUGUGGGACCCCAAGGUCCCCCUGGAAAGUCUGGUGCUGAGGGUCUUCGUGGAAUCCCUGGCCCUGUUGGUGAGCAAGGACUCUCUGGUGCUUCCGGUCAAGAUGGCCCUCCUGGUCCUAUUGGCCCCCCUGGACUUCCUGGUAUGAAAGGUGACUCUGGAUUCAAGGGAGAGAAGGGUCACCCAGGUCUAAUUGGUUUAAUUGGACCUCCUGGUGAACCUGGAGAGAAGGGAGACAGAGGUCUUCCUGGACCCCAGGGAACUGCAGGUGGCAAGGGAGAGUCUGGCAUUAACGGUCAAUCAGGUCCUCUUGGCCCUCCUGGUCCUCCUGGAAUUUCUGGUCCUCAAGGACAAAAGGGCUCAAAAGGAUCAACUGGUUCAACUGGUCAGAAGGGAGACCCUGGAUUGAUUGGGCCACCCGGACCACCUGGUCCACCUGCUGAUAUCAUCCAGCCCCUGCCUAUCCAGCAGUCUUCCCGAAAGACCAGAAGGCAAGCUGAGAUGCAGGAAGAUGAGCCACUGGCAGACUACGGCGUUGAUGGCGUGGAGGGAAUGAAGGAUGUUUUUGGAUCUCUCAACAACCUCAAACAGGACAUUGAGCGCAUGAAGUUCCCAAUGGGCACCCAAGAUAACCCAGCCAGGACCUGCAAUGACCUGCAUCUUAGCCAGCCUGAUUACCCAGAUGGUGAAUACUGGAUUGAUCCAAACCAGGGCUGUAUAGGAGACACCAUCAAAGUGUUCUGUAACUUCACAGCAGGUGGAGAAACCUGCAUCUACCCAGACAAGAAAUCCACAGGGGCUAGAAUAUCUAACUGGCCUAAGGAGUCUCCAGGUUCAUGGUUCAGUGAAUUUAAGCGUGGCAAAAUCUUAAGCUACGUUGAUGCAGCAGACAACGCCAUCAACCCGGUGCAGAUGACCUUCCUGAAGCUGCUAAGCUCCUCAGCUCGGCAGAACUUCACCUACAUUUGCCAUCAGUCUGUGGCCUGGCACGAUAUAGAUACUGACAGCUAUGACAAGGCACUGCGCUUCCUGGGCUCCAACGACGAGGAACUGUCUUAUGACAAUAAUCCCUUCAUCAGGCCGCUGAUGGACGGCUGCUCGGCGAAGCAGGGCUAUUCAAAGACGGUGUUGGAGAUCAACACUCCCCGCAUCGACCAGUUGCCCAUCAUUGACGUCAUGCUGAAUGACUUUGGGAAAUCCAACCAGAGGUUUGGCUUUGAGGUCGGACCUGUGUGUUUCCUUGGCUAGACACACCCCUGCUCCCCGCUGAAGGACAGGGUCAGAGGGUAUAUAUUAACACCCACAUGCUGAGAUCUGACAACCUUCAUCUUCUCUCCCCGCGAAGCGAAAGCCUGUCUUUUCUUUUGUUGCCAAGAAGAUCCACUCCAGCAAGGAGAAGAAGAGUCCCCCAGGCCCUGUCAUGAAAGCGCUGACCAGGGGAAACUGCUCCUCGCCCUUGUAGGGCCAGAAUCACAUGACUUUAACUUACUAAUGGGAAUGACAUCAGGAAAAGGACAUUUGAUGCCAUGGUGGACGGUGGCACACUUACAGCAGCAGAGAGAGGCUCCACUCCCCCUAAGCCCAAUCCUCCCUCGUCCUUCCCCUACAACCACGCCUCCCUCUCUCGAUGCUCCCGGUGCUGCUCUGAAUACAACCACAGAUGUGCUUUUGUGCAGAAUCACAAAACACUCAAGGUGCUACAAAUUUUUUUUUGAUUAAACUGUAAUUAUUAUUAUUA